CGUGGCGCCUGUUCGCAGAGGUGCGCGUUUAUUGCUGGGCGUUAUAAUUAUUCAUCUAAUAUAUAUAUACAUAGCAGUCGUAAUAUAUAAUUUUUGUAUUGAUCGUUAUUAUCACCGUUUUAUUCCCUUCCCUCCCACCCCCCAACGAGUGUCUUGUUGUUGCUUUAUUGUUUUUUUUUCUGUUUUCUGUUACCGUUUGAAAAUCUAUCGAAGAAAAUACCUACACUUGUAUAUAUAUAGGUACCUAUACAAUUUGUAUAUAUAUAUAUAUAUAUAUAUGUGUAUAUAUUAAAAUUGUUUUAAAUUGUUUUCUAUAGUCGGUAAAAAUGGCGAAAAACGUUUAUUUACCGUCACACGCGACGUCCAAAUCCGCCUACAUCCAAUCCAUGGAACAAUACUACGAAAUGCACAAAACGUCGGUGGAAUCGCCCGCAAAAUUUUGGUCGGAAAUCGCGGCACAGUUUCACUGGGAAACUCCGUACGACGUGAACAAUUUUUAUUCGUACAACUUCGACGUGACCGCCGGGCCCGUGAAAGUCAAAUGGAUGGAAGGCGCCACCACGAACGUGUGCUACAAUUUACUGGAUAAGAAUGUGCGCAACGGGAUGGCCGAUAAAGUCGCUUUUUACUGGUACGUAAUUUGAUUGCAUUACGUACACAAUCGUGAUGAUCCGAGUUUUCGAUCCCUAUCAGAGCCGUGUUAAGCUAUUCGUCGUGCAGGAACAUCAAUUUUUAAAUGUCUCCUCUCAAGAUCUUACCUGCGGAUGGUUCGGGGGAGGGGUGGUGGUGGUAAUUUGUUAUUUUUUUCACGAUUUUAUUAAACUCAAAUUGAAAAUGUCAACUUUUUACCUCCAUCAAAUAAUAUUCUUCCUUAUUUCCUCAUUCCUGGAUUUUUUUUCCAGGUACACAUUUAUUGUUUCGCCACAAGGUUAUACUUACGCUCUUUUAAUCACCAAGCAAUGUAUUCAGUAUUGCUUUCAUCGAAGCGUUUGAAAUAACACAAACAACGAUAAUAGACAAAAAUGAUAUUGACAAUUUUAUUUGGAGUUACAUAUUAAGAGCCGGGCGCCCCACAUCUAAUUUUAAAAAGGUUUGGUGUCCCGGGGUAAAUACCCUCAUUACUCCACCUUUAACACGGCCCUGAUCCUGUUUGUUAUACGAUAAAGAUAAAGACAUCGACAAAUCUGUAAUAAUAUUUUACACGCACAAAUGAUUAGGUACCCAGCUAAUAUUACAAUAAUAAUAUGAUAUGAUAAUAUGAAUAUAAUAAUAUUAUGAUGGUCGUACAUUUGGCGGUGCGUAUAUACCUACAUAAAACCUGUAGGUAUAUAUUACUAUAAUCCUGGACAACGUCCUAUAUAAAUAUUGUCAAUGCGAUUGACUUCAUAAAUAUUAAUGAGUACUAACUAUGAUAUUACAAACUAAGGUGGUAAAUUUGAAUAGGUAAUAGAUAAAAUCGCUUGACUACUAUACACUUGGCGCAAUAAUAAUAAUAAUAAUAAUACUAAUAAUAAAAACCUUAACUCGUGUAUUUUUUGACCGUAAUAUAUCUAUAAUAAUUUCACCGGAGUACUUUCUGUUAUACUUGUCAGUAUGGCAAGCAAUUUUAAACCUUUAAUACAUCAUUCGUAAAGAAAUGACUAGGUACCUAUGUAUAUUUCCCGUAAUCAGUUGGUUAUUAAAAUCGGUUAAAAUUUUAAAUUUAUUAUUAAUAAAUAAUAUGCACAGAAUAUCUGACGAAAUAGGGGCCUACCAACUUAACAACAACUGUUUAAAUAUUGAUAAUUAUUUAUCAUUAAUCUUAAACUUAAAUUUACAUAAUUAAAUAUUAUAAAAUUGUAGUUAUAUUGAAUUUUAGAUACAAGCUAGUAUAGGUGCAUGCGAUAUAUUAAAUUACAAUUAAUUUGUUAAUUAGUUAUUGUUUACGUUCUUUACAAAAUCACGGGCACCUAUUGAAAUGUAUAGUGUUUUAAUGAAAAUUAAAUACAUUUUAAAUUGUGUACUCCAAAAUACCAAAAUCAUUACUAUGUAAUAUAGUAACCUUUCACGAAAGAACAUGUGUGCAAACACAUCCCGGUAAACCUCCACCUAAACAAAAUAUCAUAAAAGAGUGGCGGAAGAUAUUAUACUAAAGUAAUUGUACUUAUAAUUAUAAAAAUUAUAAAAAAAAAGAGUAAUUGUUUACUAAAAAAUGCAAAUUUUAACUGUAUACUUUGUCUAGUAAUAACUCGUUUUGAAUAAGUUCGUCCAAUGGAAAAUAUGGAUUUUUUUAUUUUAUUAUUAUUGGCAAAAUUAUACUUAGAUAGGGUAUAAUUUACCCAACGUUUAAAAUAAAGUAAUAACCUACUCCGAAAUGGUCAGUUUUAACGUGAAAAAAAAAUAUGUUAUUAAAGUUUGACGUUUUUCGUAUCGAAUUAGUUUAGUAUUUAGUUAGAGUAGUAGCGUUUAUAAUAUUUAAAACUCAAUACUACUAAAUCCAUCGAAAUAUUAUAAUCAAUAUUCUUAAUUUCGAGUUAUAACUCAUGAGUUUUAACUAUUAUAGUAAUACGAUGAUUUAUAUUACUUCCCGUUUUGGAAAACCAGUUUCAAGACAGGUAGUAAAAAUGUUCAAACAAUUAAAUGUACUAGAUUCAUCAUCAAAAUUAAAAAUUCAGGUAGUUAUGUAACCCACAUUUGUGCGAAUUGUAAUAUCAUGGAAACAUAUAAAGAAUAGACUAAUUUAAGUGUUGAGCUUUACUCCGCAUUGAUUUUCAAACGAGAUAAUUAUGGCGGUACAAUUUGAAACGGUUUUAAAUUAUGCGUAAGAAGACGAGUGUUCAACAUCGAAAUCACGGUUCGGUGUUCAUAAUUUUUUAUCCAAAUACAUCUAUAAUUACGUAAUUUAUUAUUUAUGAAUCAAAAUCCUGCAGUGGGAAAAUCAAUUUAAACUUUUAAUUCGUUCUUUGAUUCAACUAUAUUAAAAAUGAUAACUUAUGAAUUAAAGGUUAAUUACGUGAGCUCAUAACCUAAAUACAGUUAUAUUUUAAAUUAUUACCUAUAAUUAAGAGUGGUCGGUCAUUGUUUUAAUCACACGCUACUUAAAAUUUGUUUAAAAAGAAGAAACAAAAUAUAUUAUACAUAGGUAAAUAAACCAUGCAAACAUGUUAUUAAAAUAAAUAUAGAGUGAUAAUUUGUCUUAAAAAUUAAAAUUGACUACUAGCUAGCGUGUAUAUUGUGGAUAAAUAAUCACUACCUAUAUUGUUAGAUACAGUAUGGCAAUAUAACAUAUAAGUCAUAUAGGUAAUAAAAAUAUAUAAUUAUUAUAAUAAUAUGGUUUCCGAGAUAGUACACUUAAAUUUGUCUUAGUUUAAUUAUUUCCCUAGAAAGAUAACAUUGUUACGUUCAGCAUAUUACAGACUUAAUUAUAAUAUCAUACAGUCCGUGGAGCACAUAUGAUUCUUGUAUAUUUAUAAUUUUCACGUAAAUAUUAUGUAUCACUAGCUGUAAUAAUAUAUCUAUAUAUUAGGAUAUAUUUAAUCAAAUGAUUUAUCACAUUAUGUCAAUUAAAAAAUAUAUAUUUUUAAAAUUAGUGGAUGAAAAAAAAUCAUAUUAAACGAAGAUUUAAUGUGCAAAUGAAAAAUACGAUUUUCUUGUUGGUAUAGUCAGUGCUUGAAUUUAAGGGGGGAGGGAGACACAAGGGAACGGAUUAUCGAAAUUAAUUUUCAAACAUUUUAGCGUACAUCUAUUUAAUUCCUAAAAAGCUCGAAAAUUUCAAAUAGCUAUAAAUAACGGAAAAAUUGUCAGAAUUAUUUGCCUGUAGCAACUUUGUUUACAUAAGUAUUCGGUAAAAAUUCUAGCCUCUAAAAUUUUUUCUAAAUAUAUAAAAUCGAAUGUAAUAGAAACCGUUUCUGUGUAAAUAUUAAAGCUUUCUUGAUGUUGUUGGUUUUUCUUAUAGUUAAGACUUCAGAAUACUACAAGGAAAAUAAAAAAAAAUACCUCCUUAUUGUGAGAAUAUUUUCUAUUAGAAACAAUCACUUCUAAAAUUGAUCAUCGGAGCAAAAUUUAUGGUAGAAAACUUGUUCACAUAAUACAAAAAAUAAUAAUAAAAAGAUUAACUUACUUCGUACGGUACUGUUUUGGGUGAGUAGUUGGGUAAAUAGUAUAUAGUGGAGAAUUUAAUGUAUAUUUAUGUGCAACGAUUAAUCUUUGCUAACGAAAACGAUUCUGAGCGAAGUUCGGUUUUACAUGUUUUGAAAGGCCGUAAUAUUUACGAUUUUCAUCUAAAUUUUAUAUUAAAAUACUUAAAAGUAUUACAUUAUAUUUAAUUUAUUUUUUGGCCACAAGUACAAAUUAUAAUGAACCUCCUGUUAAAUGUUCAAGCAUUUCAAUUUGGUCUAACAUUUUUAUCCAAAGAAGUACUUAAAAUACCAAAGAAUACAAAUUACGUAAAAAGCUCGAAAAAUUUAAAUGUCUAUAAAUAGCUCAAAAAGGGUUAAAAUAUUUUGAAAAUUUAACCACGCGUUAAGAAAACGCUAUUAUAAGUUUCCUGUCCAAAUUUCAAAUCUUAACUAAUAUUUUUAACUGAAUCACUCAAAAAAAAAAAAAAAAAAAAUUGAAAAUAAUAUAUUUCGUAAAUGUUCCAGUUUUCCCUACGUUUUUUUUCAGUUUUCCUAAUUAUUAUGAAAAUCAUUUAGAAAAUCAAUAAAUGACCUCCCUAAAGUACCACCCAGAUAAAAUUUAAAGUUAUCACAAAAAAAUAAAAAAAUAAAAUAAACAUCAUUAUAAAACCAUUACAUUUCUCGCUCUGCUCAGAAUCUAUGGCACAUUAUAGUAAAAUCUAAAAUAAAUAUAUAUUAUCAAAGAAAAAUACAGAAGAGACAUUCGAUCAGCUAAUUGAUUUUUGUUUACCUAUGAUCUUAAGUAUGAAACUAAGGAAACGUUUUCGUUAACCAACCUGAUAUACGAUAAACAUUUCUGGUCCGUUAGUAUAUCUAUUUUUUUAGAUUUCUAUUGUUCGCUUAUCAAGUUUGUGUGGUUUGAGUGAUUUCGGAGACUCAAGGUCAACAUUGUUUUUUAACACGUGGCUAAGGUUUAAUAUUAUAGCCCAUGUAAGCAAACAUUUAGCCGACAGUAAUGUGAUUAGUCGUUGUUUGAUUUUUCAAAAUUAUUAACCACUGAAUUAUUAUGUAUAUAAAUUGGUGUGGGGAACAAAGCCCCUUUAGCCUGGUCAAACAAUUAUCACGUAAUAAUCACGUAAAUCGAAAAAUAGAACGCGAAAUGAUUUAAUUUUUAACACUUCCAUUUUAAAUUGAACUUAAACGUUUACUUAACAAUCUUUCGGGUUAAAACAUUGUUUGACUCCUAAGGAAAACUUUUGUUGUACCACGUGUACAAUUUUCAAGCAUUUUUGAUCGGACAAAAUGUUAGAAUGUGUUUAAAAUUGUAUCAUGUCUUAAAGAAAGUCUUAAUACAAUUAUUCGGCGAAAGUUUCAGAUGUCUAAGAUUAUUUUAAAAUCAUCCCCCCACCUCAUGCGUCAUCUGGUACUGAAUUCGACUUUUUCGUUAUCCUAAUUUUAACAAAUACAAAUUUUUUUUUUUAACUUUAUAUCAUUACAAUGUGCAAUACCUAUUCUACAUUGGAUUUUUCUAGACCGAAUUUAAAUAUUUGUAUUUUACUAGUUAUCGGCUAAUAAUCACGAUAUGUUAUAGUGUUUAAAUAUGUUUUUCAAAUAUCUUAUCUAAAUAUUAUUAUUACCUUUAAAUGUCAUUAUAGGUCAAUUAUUUUUUUCAAGUUGUAUACCUAUUAUACUUAAUGUUUUAAGUAGGUAUAUCUAAAGUUUUAAUUACUGAUGGUUUGCUGUUAAUCUGCUUGUAAAUAUUUAGAUGACAUAUAAUAUUAGAUAGAUUAUAAUAUUAAUACAACAUUGUAUUAUACAUCUCUGUGGAGUGUGGAUAACUAAUCACUAAUCAGUAUAAUCACCGAUCUAUUUAUAUUAUGUAAAGGUAAAGUCAAUGACGUAUAAUAUUCUUCUUUUCUAACCGAUGUUAGUUUUUUUACAGUCGUGUACCUAUCAGUCAAUUUGUAACGAAACAGAUGUUUUUACAUUACAUAAAUACAUUAUUUAUAAAUCAAACAGAAAAAUAUUUAUUUUUUUAAAUUAUUAAGUUUUUGAAACACCAUAAUAUAAUGUAUAGGCGCCUCAUAAUACAUCUAUACAAAUAUAAAAUAGCUUUUAAAAUAUAUUUACAUCAAAUAUUACUUAAAAACCUACGUAAUGAGUUCCAAUUACUAUUUUUAAUUUCAAAUUAGUAUUUUAUUGGUUUAAAUAAUAUAACAUUAAUUUUAGAAUAUGAAAAACAAAAAAGUUAGUUAGUUUAUUAGUUUUGUUAGAAAUAUGAUGACAGAGAAAUUAACACAGAUGAAAAACCUUAAAAAUCCCAACAGUAAAUUAAAUUUUGUUGGAUUACUGAUUGGAUUUGUUGAGAUUCGAAUACUAUAAUACUAAUAUAGUUGUAUAUAUAGACAGUCGUGUUAAAAAUAAUUUUCAAAUGUAUUCAGAAUAAUAAGUUUUUAAAUAUUCCUAUGAAUCGUAUUUGAAUAUUUUAUGUUAAAAGUAUUUGAAUAUAAACACAAAUAUUUCGUAAAAACAUUCAAGAUACAAUUUUUUUUAGUACAUUUGAUAUUUGUUGAACGAUUUCUACAUUCAACAAAUUACAAAUCAUAAACACUUUAACUUAUAAAUGGAUAAUUAAUUUAAUUAGGUUCAAUAUUUUCAGAUGUUCCAUAUUCGUACCGUCUACAUUAUUUAAUUAUAUAAGUAAAUGAACUUAUUAGGUUGACAUUAGCUAGGUGUGAGAGAUUACAUUAGUAUAGGUAUUGACUAAUGAGUUAUUGAGUAAUGACAAUAAAUUUCGAAGAAAUCUUAUUACAAAUUCUUAGAACCAUCAAAAAUAUAAAAUGAUAAAAUACGAAAAUAUUGACAUAUAUUUAAUGGAAAUAUGUAUAAAAGUAUUUUAUGUAUGGUCAUUUUUAUGGAUUAAAAAAACACAAAAAAUGUAUUUAAAAUAGAUACAACUGAUAAAAAGUAUUUCUUAAGUAUUUAAAUACAAGUAUUCGAAUACUUAACUAACAAGACAAGAUACGUCUGUUUAGCUAUUCUAUACCUACUACUUAACUAUAUUUUAUAAUAGUAAAAACAACUAUUUGUUUUUUUUUCAAUAAUUUAUCAUAUUAUUAUAUUAUAAUCAUUAAAACUUCUCAAAACUAGUGUAAGGACUAAUUUUGUUGACUUUACAUUGACCUGCCUACUUUUAUAUAUUUUUAUUCUCGCCGCUUUAAUUUCGUAAAUAACUAAUAUAAUAAUCCUCAUUUACCUCCUAUUGAAAUAUUCGUAAAUACAGUUCUGACGAUAAUCAUCGUUAAGGUGAUAAAAUAAUUAAAACAAAUCUACAAAUCUAUUAAUUUGAAACAAAAUUAUUUUAAUAUAAUCGUUACUUUUCUUCCAUUAAUUUCUAAAAAUUUGCUCGUAGAUACGUUUUGUAUAAUGUACAUAGGGGAAUGGGAAGUGUAUUAUAUUCCAAAUUUUUGUGACUGAUAGGUAAUUAUUUUGAAUAAUACAAACUAGCUGUAUAACGUGCAGUGUAACAAUUUCUAUUUUAAUUUUAUUGGUUCAACGUUCAAGAAAUACUUCUCAUACCUUUUGUACAGCAUACCUACUGAAAUUAUUUUAAAUGUGUUUUUAACCAACUGCAUAAUAUAGACGAAAAUAUAUUUUCUUUUCUCUAAUGUAGGCAAUAUAUUAUUUAUGUUGCAUUGAUAUCUCAAUAAUAUCUUCCGUAAUAAAACAAUAUUUUAUACAAAAAUACAAUAAUAAAUAAUAACUUGACACUUGUAUAUUAAUAACAUAGGCAGGUUGUAGUCUUAUAGGUACAUAUACCUACUAGUUUUUAUACUAUUGACUAUUAUUGACUGUUGUCAUAUUACUGUAAAUAAUAAUAGUUUAUAUCAAUCGCAACUACCCAUUACAAUAAUUGAUUUUCGUUUAUAUUUUAAAGUAAAACAUUUGUAUUAUUAUUAGUAAUUUGAAAUAAUUGAGUGUUUUUAGUUUUUAUUUAAAUUAAAUUGUUUUGGCAUUAUAUACAAACUGUUGUCACGAUUUUUUAAUAUAAUCAUUUCAAGUAAAAAUUUUGAUGAAUAUCAUUAAAAUUGUUGAUGAAAAAGUUGUUCACAGAUAAAAAAAAAAUAUCAUAAUAAAAUAAACAUCGUAAACAUGUUAAACCAAUAAUUCCUCUCUCUGUUCAGAAUCUAAAAAAAGGAAAAUUGUGAUUUAUUUUCUAAUAACUGAUUAAUUAUUUUCAAACGGUUAAACGUGUUUGACCGAACUUGGUUUAAAAUCGUUUUUCGUUUACAAUGAUUUAAUGUUGCGUACAGAUAUAAAGAUAAAUAAUAAUACAUAUAAAUUACAUUAAUUACCCUAUAUACUUUACUUGCUUACUGCAACAUUGGCAUAUUCACGGUCAGUGUUAAAUCCAGGUAUAUGACAGGGGGGCGAUAGCCCUCCUUGAAAUUUUGUUUGCUUCUAUAAUGUUUCUUUUUUUUUUUCAUAUUGUGUAUUGUGUACAAAAUUUCUCCUAGAAAUUUUGCUCCAAUGAAAACAUGACAAGAAACCUUUUUUCGUUGUCUUUUGGCUCUAGUUGGUACUUUAGAAUGGUAACUGGUUUCUUUAGAUUAAAAAUAAGGUUGUCAUUGGUAACCGUUUUAAAUAAUAAUUUUGUUAAUAUUAAAUUUUUAUUAUUUUAAACUUUUUCAAACAAUCAUUGUCGUUAAAACGCACAUUGUUGAAAAAACAAUAUACCAUUGAUCAAGUUCUGCUCAGAAUCUUUUUUCGUUAGCAAUGAUUAGUUGUUGCUUACAGAUAUAAAUUAAAUUCCCUAUAUAUCCCAUAACUUCCCAACUCCUCACCUACAACAGUAGUGCGAAGUAUGUCCGUUCGUUUGUUUUAUUUAUAAUUAUGAUGUAGGUAACUAAAUUUUACAAAUUCGAUUUUAUAAGUUAAAACUUGUUCUGCAGAAAAUGCAAAAAUAUAUUUUGUUUGAUAUUUGUUUUGUGAUAAUAGAGUCGAUUGAAUUUAAUUAGAUCAUAGAAAUGUUUGUCUUCUAAGCAUUAUUCAGCCAAUUUUAGUUUUACGACUUAUAAUAGGUAGGUUUUUAUUAGUUUAAUAGUAGAUAAAUAAAAAAUAAUAAUAAAAAUGUUAAAAUCAAUAUUUAUAUAAAAACAAAACCAAAUUAUUCAUUAUAAAUUUGAAACAGCCAAAUUAUAUAACUUGUUAGUUAUAGGAGCAGAACUGUUUUACUAUUUAAAAUCAGACUCCACCUCAUUAACGUAAAAUGGUAAAAUAAUAUUACAAUAUAUUAUGCUUAUCGAAUAAAAUAAAUACACAAAAUAAAGUAUAAUGAUUUCUAAAAGGUAAUAUAAUAUUAACUAUGAUAAAUUACAACUAUCGAUUUUUUUUUUAUAAAUAUACUUUAUUUUAAAGUAGAAAUUUCACUAUUUGUAUGUUUAAUCUAUAUAAAAUGUGAUAAAUACUUACCGUUUAAAAAAAAAAAAUUUAAUGGAUAUGUUUAUUAUGCAUAAUUUUAAAAACUAUAAAAGGUGGACAAUGUCGUUCUUUGGGUGGGCUACUGCUGUAGAUGAGAAGUUGGGAAAGAAAAAUAUAGAAGGAAAUUUAAUGUACAUAUGUACGCAACGAUUAAUAUUUGCUAAUGAAAAACGAUUCUGAGUGGUGUUUGGUUAUACAUGUUUAUAUUUUGAAAGGCCGUAAUAUUUACGAUUUUCGUCAAAAUUUGGUAUACAAAUCUUAUAAAAAGAGAAUACUACAUUAAAUUCAACAUUUUCUUGUUGACUACAAAAUACAACUUAUAAUAAACCUUUAUUAAAGUAUCAAGCAUUUUUCUUUGGUCUGAAAAUUUUAUCCACAGAGUACCUACCGAAUAAAUAUUACCUAAAAAAAACUCGUAAAAUUAAAAUGUCUCAAAUGUUUUUAAAAGGCAAAUAUAAGUUCCUAUGAAUAUUUUUACUGAAUUACAACAAAAAAGCAAAAUUUAAAAUAAGAGUUAGAAGCGUUAUAUUCGUAAAUUGUCCCACUUUUUACCAUUUAUUAUGAUAUCCCUUCGGAAAAUCAAAAAAUGACUUCUCAAAAGUCCCACCCCAGGAAAAUCCCCUUUCAGAAAAGGUGUUUUAGUUGAUUCUCCGGAACAAGAUUUCUGGUAGAAUUUUUUGUACACAACAUAAAAAAAAAAUAUACAUCAUUGUAAAACCAAUACAUUUCUCGCUCCACUCAGAAUCUAAUAUUAACAAAUUUGAUCUAAUUGACGUAUUGUGUGUGUAUUCAUUUUUUGAUAUUUCAUGUGGUUUUCAUAAUAAUUAGGAAAACCGUAAAUAUAAAAUGAAUUAAUUUGCAGCGUUAAGGAUUUCAUUAUUUAAAUUUGCUUAGGUAUCUUCCAAUGUUGAUUUAUUUGAAUGAAUAUAGGUACCCGCGACCUACUUAGGUAUACAUUAAAUAAUACAACAGAAAUUAGUUAAUUGUGAUGCAUACCUAAAAAAAGUCUUGGGUAUACGCUAACUAUAAACAAAAGGUGUGGUUGGGAUCAUUUCUCCCCGAUCCACCAUCCCUCACCAAAAAUUUUUUUUUAGAUUUUGAGCUUAGCGAAGGAUCUAUUGGUUUUACUAUAAUGAUGUGUGUAUGAUUUUUUUUAAAAAAUGUUUUUGUAGUUUUAUUAAUAAUAGAGCCUAACCGAACAAAAACGUAGAAACAACGGGACAUUUUACGAAAAUAAUGCUUUUAUUAUUUUAAAUUUAAUUUUUUCUUUGUAAUUAAGGUUAAAAUAUUCGUAGAAACUUAAAAUGUGGACAGAAAUACUAUAUUUACUUUUUCUAGAAAUGGUAAAACUUUUCGAACAUUUGAGUAAUUGUUGAGCUAUUUAAUUUAAUUUUAAUUUUGCGAGUUUUUACGUAAUUUUUAUUUGGUAGGUAGAUAAAUUUUUAGACUUAACAGAAAUGCUUUAAAAUUUGAUAGAAGGUGAAUUAUAAGUUGUACUUAGUUACCAAAACAAAAAUUUAGUUUAAUGUAGUAUUUUUUUAAAAUUUGUAAAAGUGUUUUAAAUUCAAAUUUUGACCAAAAUCGUAAAUAUUAUACAGUCUCAAAAUAUGUGCAACCGAACUUCGCUCCAAAUCGUCUUUCGUUAUCAAUGCUUUAUCGUUGAUUACAGGUAUAAAUUAAAUAACUUUAUGUAUCCCACCUACAAUAAUGACCGCAUCUGUUCCCAUCAGCUAUUUUUUUUUAAGAUUCAAAAAACUAGUUGUUACAAUCAUAGAAAUAUACUUAAUAGUAUAUCGUUAGAUUCCACAAUUUUAAGUUAUAUUACUCGUAAAAUAAUUAAUAAGUAUCUAAUAUUAAAAUCUAGAUACGUAACAUUUUCUAUAGGCAAUGAAAUAUCUAUUGCUUAUAUUCAAAAUUUCAAGUUGAAAUUACAUUACGGAUUAUGGUCAUAGACGGUCGAGCCGAUGAAGGCAGAAACAGUACCGUUCUUUAGUAAGAUUUGGUAGAGUACAUAUAAGUAUACCCAUGACGAUGGACAUGGAUAUUAUAUUAUGUCUAUGCGUACCUAUACCUGCGUAUCACACAUUAUACAAUACCUAAGUAUAAGCAUCAACCGAGCAAUUAAGGAGUCGUAGUACGCCGUAUACAUAGAGUGGGGUUAGAGGGGCUAAGAUCCCCCCAAAUUAUUCAAAGAGAUGAUAUUAGUGUUGAAUGGAAUAUAGUCACUUAGGUCGCAGACAUACUUAAUAGCGGUGAACGGAAAGCGACGAGUGUUAAAUUUUCUGAUAAAGCCGAACAUAUAAUUUUGCAUAGAAGUGACCAUACUUCAGUUGUGAAGAGUGAGUGAUUAGCGUUACCGCUCAGCGACUCAACGGAAAACUCUCAUCAGCAUUUUUGAUUAUCACGGUCCAGUUCAAUGAUAACCAAAACGUAUAUUUUGUACAAUAUAAUACCUAAUUAUGUUUUGAACAGUUGUCUAAUUUUAUAUUUUAUAUUCAAAUUUAAAAAUAAAAAAAAAUGGAUAGAGAUUAUGAAAUGCUCAUUUUAAAAAUACAUAAAAGGCCCGUGAUCUGGAAAGAAACUGUAAUUCAAGAACAAAUAAUAAAUAGGUAUACGGACUGAUGGACAGAAUAAAUUUGUUUUUUAUUAAAGGGUAAGUAAUCCUUAUCCUUGUUGUUUUAUUUAUUUACCUCGCAGUAAUAAAUAGCCUAGCGAUACUGGUAGGUAAUAGAAGUAUAUUUUUCUUUUCAAUCCGUUUGGAUAUUUUUAAAAGCAUAAAAUCAUACGUAUUUAUUAACAUUCGUAUAUGUUCAAAGAACUUUGCUGAAUGCUCUCUGAAGUCUGAGAUGUGUAUACCUGCAGACAGUGAAAUUUUCCAAAGCGUCUUCUUUGCUGGUUUAACACUGUAGGAUACCUAUGUACCUAUUUUCCUUUAUAUUUGUCGAGAAUUGCAAUUAUAAAUUAGAAUCUAAGAGAAAAAACUCAUCAAUCGCACCAAGAGACACCUUUAAAUUGUUUAAAUCUCACGAAAUUCGAAAAACACGAAAAUCGAUAACAAAUCGCUUUAUAUUGAACAAUAAUAUGGCCAUUUUGUCGUUUAACGAUGAGCGGUGAGAGAAAAUCGUUCGCCGCUUCACCGCUUUGAAGUAUGUCUACGGCCUUAGUCGUAUGGUAAUUCGAGUUUAAUGUAUUAUGUAUUUCUGUGGUUCGAGUAAGCAAUAACAACAGUUUUAAUGAGGGGAACAUAUCCAAUUAGCGAUUAUCAUAUAAUAAGUACUCCACUGACACCCGUGUAAUUGCGGAGUGGUACGAGUGCAGUUCCCAUAUGCCUGUGCUGGACGUAAGAUUUGGUUUUGAUUAAAAUUGUGUUAUGUUAAAUCAGAAUAUUAAUACUUUACGUCAUCCUGGACGUAAUUGCGCAUAAGUCAAUGUCAAAAUCGCCUGCAUUAUUAAAUACACACAGUGGCGCGCCGAACAUUUUUACAGAGUUAUAAUUCUGUAUUAGAGCAAUUCCACUUUCUGUGGUAUCAUUGACUACUUUCAAUUCCAUGAUUCUUCUUCUUAGUUUAUUAUAUUCUUCGUCGUUUUCCCAUGUACUUGGAUGAUAUUUAAAACAAUUGUGAGACAAAUUGCUUUAAAAAGUUGUUUAGAAUUUUUUGUAACAAAGUUUGAUAAAUGUAUGUUUGGUAUUUUUUUUUUCCUGUUUUCUUCCUUUUCUUUUCUAAUUUCUCUACGUUUUUUCGUUAAAAUUAAUUUUUUAUCAAAUGAAACUAUACAACCUCGUCUACCUUUCUCUCUCUGAGCAAUUAAAAAUUGUCUUCUGGAAUUGUCAAACGAACUAAAGCAUCAGCAUGAGCAAUAUCAAAAAUGACAUCCAAUGAUUCUUUAAACUCGUAUUAGUAAAGUCUUUUUUUUUUUUGGUUAUCAGUCUGUCGUUUUGCCUUUUUUUCUAAUGACUGCCAAGAACUAUGAAUGUUUUUUAUUUUAGUUAUAAUAUGAUAAUCUAUCUAAUUUUGUUGGUACUCUUGCCUUUUCCCAAAAAAUAAUAAUUUCUUUACAAAUAAAUGUUGCGCUAUCUUGUAUUGUUUUCUUUUAUAUGCACAUAUAGAAAUCUUCCCAAUACCCGUCAGUUUGAUGGCAAUUUACUACCCACUAAACUUUCUACUAUAUUCCCAAUUAAAUAUACACCACUGCGACUUUUUGUUGUAUUACUAACGUAAUGUGAACUGGCCAUAUUUUAUGGUAAGAAAAUAUUUGUAUUCUUAAUUAUAAAUCGUAAAUAAAAAUAAGUAACACUUACCAACAAAUCGUACAGUAUACUCGUGGGGUCUUAAAUUAAUGUUAAAAUAAAUGUAUAAUUAAUAAUAAAACAUCUUGAAAGUAGACUCGACAAUCACGUUUAACAUUCACGCACGACACACGUAUACUAGACGAUUAUUUCUAGUAACAUUGGCUGUGUUAUUAAAAUUUACACAAUAAGAUAUUAUUAUAAAUGGGUUUGUAAUGUUAUUUAUGUCACAAGAGUCAUAAUCAAAUCUUAUUUUAUCUAAUAUUUAUUUUAUCUUAUCUUAUUUAAUUAAAACUUUGGGCGACUAAUAUUGCCAGAUAACAAUAUAUUUUGGAAUGCUUAUUAGCUAUACUAAAAAGAAAAAAAAAUGUAUAGGUUUUCAUCGAAAUUAAUGUAGUUUAAAUUUUUGUAUAUCUAUAAUUGAUUGGCACCCUUGUGUAGUUACAAUGUACAUAUUACUUAUACAGUAUUUAAAUUAAAACUUCAUUAUACUUUACAUUGCUUUCAUUGUGUUUAUCUAAGUAACACGCAGUACCUAUAAGGUAUUAAAUUUCCGAGAAAUAAUUUCUUAUGUAUAUAGGUGCCAUACACGGAUACCUAAAUUGAUUUUACAAAUAUGAUUUAGGUACAAGUCUUAGGUCUAAGUAAACAGUAAUACUUAAGUUUAGGUGAUUAUUGUUUUAUUUAUAGGUACUUACAUAAAAAGCUUUCUUAAUUACCUAUUGUACAUUUUUCUUUUAAAUAAAAAUAGCUAUAAUAUUUUAAUAAAAAUGAUGUGAAUUUUAGGGAAGGCAAUGAUCCAGAAGACUAUAGCAAAAUCACGUACAAAAAGCUUUUAGAAGAAGUAUGCAGAUUUGCAAACGUAUUAAAAUCAAAAGGUGUAGUAAAAGGCGACAGGGUUGCUAUUUAUAUGCCAAUGAUUUUAGAAAUUGUUAUUACUAUGUUAGCAUGUGCAAGAAUUGGUGCAGUACACUCUAUUGUUGUAAGUAUCAAUCAUUGCUGAGAUUUGUUUUUGGUAGUAUAGGUACACUAAAAUUAUAAUUCACAGCGUAUUAUAGUUAAGAAUCUCAAUAAUUGUUCUAGAACUUAUCUAUAAGUAUUUUAUAUUUAAAAAUUGAGUUUGUUUAUUUUAUAAACAAAUUUUUAAAUGUAUUAUUUUAAUUAAUAAAAUAUUUCCUGUAAGUUAACAUUUCUUAUUCAUAUAAUAAAUGUUGUAUCCUCAAAAAUGAAUAUCUACAUUAUAUCUAUAUGGAUAUUAGUUUGCAGGAUUUUCAUCUGACUCGCUAGCAGAACGUAUGGCUGACUGUAAGUGUAAAGUUCUUGUGACAGCUGACAGUGUAUACAGAGGGGACAAAUUGUUAAAUAUAAAAAUUCUUUGUGAUAUUGGUAAUAUAUUAACAGACUAUAAUAUGCAAAUUAAUAACAAAGUAAAUAUGAAUGUAUACUUUGAAUUUCUAGCUAUGGACAAAGCUAAAAACUUUGGUCACGAAGUGUCAUCUUGUAUAGUAGUCAGACAUUUACCACGACUUUAUAGGUCUAUGAACACAACAAAUGGUACAAAUGGAUCUGACUCAAACACUAUAGAUCUUCACUCAGAUGUAUCUAUACACAUUUUUAAUUAUUUACUUUCAACAGAAGUAGGUAUAUGAAUUUUACAUUUUAUAGGUUCCUUGGACUGAUGGACGAGAUUAUUGGUGGCAUGAUGAGAUGGAUGAUGUAGAACCAUCUUGCUAUCCAGUCUGGGUGUCUGCUGAAGAUCCAUUGUUCAUGUUAUACACAAGGUACUGAUCAUUUUAAAAUGUUAAAAAUUUAUUUUAUAUUAAUUAACUUUUAAAAUAAUGGUAUUAACUGAUAAAAAAUUUUUUUUUGACACAUGAUUCAAAGCAUUGUGAGAAAGCUUAUCAACUUUACAAUAAUGUGUUUUUUUUUUCAUAAUUUAAUUUUAAAUUCCUAACCCAUUAAAAGAAAUAACUACAUUGAUUCAAUUUUAUUUAUAAGAACCAUAAUUUUAUUACAAAUUUGUUAAAUAUAUUACAAAAUUUCUGUGUUUUAAAUAAUUAUAUUUUCACUUAAUUAUGUAAAUACACAUUAUUAAAUAUUGAUUCAUUAUAAUAUUAGAUACCUGUCUACAGUAUACACGUAUAAAAGUAAUUUUAGCAGAUUUCUAAAAGAGCAAUUAACAUAAUACCAUAAUUAUUUAUUUAUAAUCUAAAUUCAGUUUAUAAAAUUUAAAAAAAUAUAUAUAAUUCUUAUUAAGGGUGUUGUAUGUCUUCUAAAUUUUUUCUAAUUAUGUGAAAUUUAAAAAUUAUUUUUACAAUUUUAUGAUCUCCUUAAUGAAAAACUUUUUCACUUAUAUACAGUCCAAUAUUAAUUUGAUGGUAAGAGAUAUGGCUGUUUUUUAUGGAUGAAUAUGAUAAUUUAGACCAAUAAGCGAUAGAAAAAUAGAUAUACUCCCCAAUGUUAAUUUUUAAAGUAUGUAUGGAUUUUUAAAUAAAUUGUCUAGAUUAUUUAGUACUUAAAUUAAAUAUUGAUUUAAAAUUUAGUGUGCUAAAUAAAUCUAAAUUAAAUGUGGUUAUCACGGAAUUUUCAAAAAUUACGUAAUAUCUUUAUUUUGGAGAUCAUCAAAACUGAAAUUGACUUUAGAAAUAACCUAGACAAUUCGUUAAUAAAUUUAAACAUACUAUACAAAUCUAAAUCAUAUUUAUUUAUUUAUUCAAAUAUACAUUCAAAAGUAUGUCCAAUUUCUCAUCGCUUAUUGGUCUAAAACAUAUUAAAAAUAGGUGCAUUUUGAUCAUUCUAAGAUAUUGUUAAUAGUGGUUCCACUGGGAAACCAAAAGGAGUACUUCAUACAACUGGUGGAUACUUGUUAUAUGCUGCUACUACAUUCAAGUAUGUUUUUGAUUAUCACCCAAAUGACAUAUAUUGGUGUACUGCAGAUAUUGGUUGGAUCACUGGACAUUCAUAUGUUGUUUAUGGACCUUUAGCUAAUGGAGCUACUUCAGUCAUAGUAAUUUUUUUAUUAUGUUAUUGUAUACAGUUUGAUUAAAAAGGUUGAUUUCUGUUGGGUAUCUAAUUAUUAUAUUUUAGAUAACAUAUAAUAUGUAUUAAUGAGUUACAAUAAACAUAAAACUCAAUUGAAUUUUUUUUUUAAAUUAUAUAAUUAGGUAGAUUAACAUACAUUUACAUAUAUAUCAAACAUUAAUAUUAUUAACUAAUUACUGUUUAUAAUUUUAGUUUGAAGGAACACCAUUCUAUCCAGACAAUGGAAGGUACUGGUCGGUAAUCGAAAAGUACAAAGUUACACAGUUUUAUACCGCACCAACUGCUAUUCGUGCUUUAAUGACAUUUGGAGAAGAACCUGUAAAAAUGUACUAAUUUGGUUUAAUAAUAAUGAUACCUUGAUUAUAAAUUUGUAUUUCAAUUUUUUUAGACAUAAUCUUGAUACAUUAAAAGUCUUGGGUUCAGUUGGUGAACCGAUUAACCCAGAAGCUUGGUUGUGGUAUUACAAAUAUAUUGGAAAAGAAAGGUGUUCUAUAGCAGAUACAUUUUGGCAAACAGAAACUGGAGGACAUGUCAUAACUCCGCUCCCUGGUUGUACACCAAUGAAACCAGGAUCGGCAGUAAGUGUAAAACUGUAUAAAACUAUGCUAUAAAAGCAAUUUGGUACUUACCUAAUAUAUUUUGUUAUCCUUCAUUUAUACUUUUAUAGUCGUUUCCAUUUUUUGGUGUCAAACCAAUCCUACUGGAUGAGAGUGGAAAAGAGAUUGAAGGAGUUGGUGAAGGAUAUUUAGUAUUUAACAAACCAUGGCCUGGUAUGAUGCGUACACUUUUUGGGAAUCAUGAACGAUAUGAAUCUGUUUAUUUUAGCAAAUUUCCAGGAUAUUAUUGUACAGGAGACGGUAAAUUCAAAUAGAUGAUUAAAACAUAAUAUAAAACGUUAAAAACUUGAUGUGUAUUACAAUAGGUGCGAGAAGAGAUGAAGACGGAUACUUGUGGGUAACAGGAAGAAUAGAUGAUAUGUUAAAUGUGUCUGGACAUUUAAUGAGUACUGCUGAGGUGGAAGCUGUCCUCACUGAGCAUCCUGAUGUAUCUGAAGCAGCAGUUGUAUCAAGACCACAUCCAGUCAAAGGAGAGUGUCUCUAUUGUUUUGUAACUACUAAUAGUGGUGUGCCUUUUACUUCAAAACUUUCAUCAGAAUUAAUUAAAAAAGGUAAAUUACAUCCCUGAUUUGAUUAAAACUAUUAUAACAAUUUUAAGUGAUCAGAAAUUUAAAACAUAAUCUAGUUAAAACAAUUACAGUACAUAUGAUUAAAUUCUAUCUAAAAAUUCAUUGUUGAUGCCAUAUGUAGAUGUAUAAAACUACAUUGUGUAGGCUAUGAGAGUACUGAGGCAGGGGCACUAACCUUUCUCUUUUUUUCAUUUAAAAACAUUCACAAAACUGUUUUGAAUGAAUUAUCUAUCUAAAAAUUGCAUAGUUUGUAAAUUCAUUAGAAUAAUUUUAAUAAUAUAUUAAUUGUUAUACAAUGAAUAAAGUUCCUAAAAUGUAAAACAAGCUGUAAAAACAAAUUUUUAAUUUAUCAAAUUGCAAAGGUUGUACUUUAGAUAAUUGGUUAUUAUUAUAAUAUUAUCAUAUAUUACUUUAUGAUAUUAUUUAAGACCACAAACAGUAGAUAUUUUAGGUUAUUUAGGACACAAGACUGGUAAGAAUAAAAAUAUGACAAAUGUGAUUUAUGAGCAGAGCCGUAUUUUAGGGGAGUACAACGAAGGGGCUGUUAAUUUUUGUAUGUAUUUAAGCUUAUAUUGAGAUUUAAGUUCCUAUAUUAGAGUUAGAUAAAAGAUCACUGAUCAGAAUAAAAUUAUGCAAAGGUGAUGUAUUAGUUUUUAAAUUUGCUGAAAAAUGAUAUAAAAUAUAUAAAAGAUGAUUUAGUUAAAAGCUUUUGAAUGAAUGCAUAUACUUUUAGAGUAAUGUUAAAUCUUUUAUUGAUAAAGCUCCAAAAAAUGACAGAGAUCUAUAUAAUAAUGAUACAAUCCAAAGAUUUGCAAUCAAUCUAUUCAUUUGUAAACAUUUCACUUAGAAUAUUUGUGGAGACAUCAUCAACUAAUUGUUCUUUGAAGAUCAUUUUUUACACUAAGAAGAUUUAAGCUAUAUUAAAUAUCGAAAGUGAUUUAAUGACCAGCAUCAAUUAUAAUAGUAUAAUUAAAUAAUUUACUGAGGUUCAAUUCAAAAAGAAAAUUAAAUUUGUUAUAAUUGCCAUUUUUUUUUAAAUAUACAAGGACGAUAAAUUUCUCAAUAGGACCCUGCUUAUGACAUUGUGUUUGAGAUUAAAAUGCUAAUAAGAGAAUUAACAACUAAUGAUAAUUUUGAGAGCAAGCUAUUAUAAAUUUAUGUAUGAAAUAUAUCUAAAUUAAUAUUAAUAAAAUAAUUAUGUUUUAGUGAGAGAUAAUAUUGGGCCAUUUGCAAUGCCAGAUGUUAUUCAACACGCACCAGGACUUCCGAAAACCCGUUCUGGAAAAAUAAUGAGGAGAGUUUUACGCAAGGUGGCAAUUAAUGACAAAGAUGUAGGAGAUAUCUCUACAUUAGCUGAUGAGCAUAUAGUCGAAGAGCUAUUCAAAAACAGACCUGAGAAAACAUAAACAGUUACCAAAAUUUUUAAUUGUUUGGUGCAAACAUGACUUACAUAUCAAAACUGUGAAUAUUUUUGUUUUAAGUCCAAAAUAGUAAAUAGGGUAAUACAUUUAGAUGCUCAUUAUGAGUUUAAUAUGAUAAAUACUGUGUACUUAAUUUAUUAGUAUGGCUCAUUAUAAUAAAUUGAACUUUAUCUUUUUGGCAAUGUAUUCACCAUUCACUAGUCCCUUAUAAGUAUGCCAACUGAUGUUGUUAAUUUUUAAGUUUAUUAUUGUUUAAACUAUAAUUAUAAGAACAACAUUAAGGUAAAAAUUUGCUUUUUAAUUAAAGUAUAUUAACAUAAUACAUAUUUACCUAAAUAAUUGUUAUUGUAGUGUUAGUAAGUGUUAUUGUUAUGAAUAUUCAUUUAAAUACUUUAAAUGCGAAAAUCAUUGUACCUUUACUAUAUUCUUAGUUCUUUACAAUAAUGAUUUUUACGUUAAACGUAAGAAUAAAAAACAACAACUAGAACACAAAAAGGAUAAAUACUUCAGAUAUUGUAAAACUGUGGUUCUCAACCGGUGUAUCACGUAGUACUAUGUGAAAUAGAUUCUUGAGGUGUAUUUUCAAUUUUAUAUUAUAAUACUAAAAAUAUAAUAUUGAGUUAUAAAAAAUUAAAUUUUACGUUAUUCUUAUAAAACAAUAUCAGUUUGCAGUCAUAAUUGUCGAGUGGUGUAUGUGUAAAUAUAAUAAUUUACAUAUGUUUGUAAUGAUUGUUUUGCUAUUUUUGAAGAAAUGCAUUAAUUCUUUAAGUGUGUUGUCAUUUACUUUGAUUUAAAUUGGCUGUCAUCAUGAAAAAAAGGUUGAGAACCACUGAUGUUAAAAAAUUAAACUAUAACAAAUUGUGAAUUAAAACUCAACAAAAAUUGUAUUUUUUUUAAUACCAAUUGUAAUGUUAUUUAAUAAGCUUACCAAAACAAAAUUUAUGUAUCUAUAAAUAUAUAUAUAUAUUUAAGGCCAACGCAUACAUAUCAUUAUAAUGGUUAUACUAUACAAGUUUUAAUUUUUUAAACAUUUUUGAUCUAGAAUAUCUAUUGUAAUAAUUUGUAACUAUUAUUGUUAUAUUAUAAUUAAAAUAAACAAAUUAAAUAAAAAAGAAUGAAUGGUGUUUAAUAAUAGUUAUACUUACCACCUUUUAAUUAUUCUUUACUUGUAACUAAAUUUCCAAAGUAAAAUGUUUUCGAGUUCAACCUUUUAUUAAAAUAAUUACUUUCAAUUUCUGCUAAGUUACCUUCACCAGCUAAAGUGA